GAAUAAACAUGACCUAGAUCGAGAUAUCUAGAAUAUAUAAUUUAUGAAUGAAUGAAAAAGUGCGGGCUGCUAAUUUGAAGCCAGAGACCCUGCCCACUGCAGGUGAGCUGGAGGUGAGGAGAGAAACAAUGAGUCGACGCCAAACACCAAGUGAGUUUCUAAAUCAAAUCAGGGGACGGCCUGUUGUGGUGAAACUGAAUUCAGGAGUGGAUUAUAGAGGUGUGUUGUCUUGUCUUGAUGGCUAUAUGAACAUUGCACUAGAACAAACAGAGGAGUAUGUCAAUGGUCAGCUUAAAAACAAAUAUGGGGAUGCAUUUAUUCGUGGUAACAAUGUUCUCUACAUUAGCACACAGAAGAGGAGAUAAUGAAGAGAGAACAUCCUACAAUACAAUGCCAUUGUUUAAUCAUUGUCAUUCAUCAUUGUUUUAAUCCAUUAAACUGAAAACUUUUUAA